CGUAGCUCAUCAUCUCUGGUCAGCUGACUGGGGACGAGAGCUGCGUUGAAGGCAUAAACUGCAUGAAUCAAAGACGUCUGAGGACCAAAACCUGCCAUAAUCUGCGAUAUGUAUGAGACUCUACAAAUUUUAAGCAAAUAAAAACGUGUGGACGAAAACAUCGAGGGCAUUUGACACAUCGCACCAGCCUCGUGGACAAACUUCCUGCCAGCAGCCAUGACAGAAUUCUGGUUGAUUUCUGCUCCAGGGGAGAAGACGUGUCAGCAGACAUGGGACAAGAUGAUGGCCGCCACCUCACGGACCAACAACCUGUCGAACAACAACAAGUUUAACAUUCCUGACCUGAAGGUUGGGACGUUGGACGUCCUUGUGGGUCUCUCAGAUGAGUUAGCCAAACUGGACACCUUUGUGGAAAGUGUGGUGAAAAAAGUGGCUCAGUACAUGGCUGAUGUUCUCGAAGACAGCAGAGACAAGGUCCAGGAGAACCUACUGGCCAACGGAGUCGACCUGGUCACCUACAUCACCAGGUUUCAGUGGGACAUGGCUAAAUAUCCGAUCAAACAGUCUCUGAAGAACAUCUCUGAGAUCAUCUCCAAGCAAAUCACUCAGAUCGACAACGACCUGAAGGCCAGAGCUUCAGCCUACAACAAUCUGAAGGGAAAUCUCCAGAACCUGGAGAGAAAAAACGCGGGGAGCUUGAUGACCAGGAGUCUGGCUGACAUUGUGAAGAAGGAGGACUUCGUUCUGGACUCAGAGUAUCUGGUUACGAUGCUGGUGGUGGUCUCCAAACAAGGCUAUGGUGACUGGCAGAAGACGUAUGAAACACUGGCUGAAAUGGUUGUACCACGCUCCACUAAGCUGCUGUUUGAAGACAACGACAACGGUCUGUUCAGUGUCACUCUCUUCAGGAAGGCUGUUGAUGACUUCAAGCACAAGGCCAGAGAAAACAAGUUUACGGUGCGUGAUUUCUACUAUAAUGAGGAGGAGAUGAAGGCAGACAAAGAGGAGAUGACACGUUUGUCCACCGACAAGAAGAAACAGUUUGGUCCGUUGGUCCGAUGGCUGAAAGUGAAUUUCAGCGAAGCCUUCAUCGCCUGGAUUCACAUAAAAGCUCUGCGAGUGUUUGUGGAGUCAGUGUUGAGAUAUGGGCUGCCAGUCAACUUCCAGGCCAUGUUGCUGCAGCCCAACAAGAAGAACAUGAAGAAGCUGCGGGAGGUGCUGUAUGACCUGUACAAACAUCUGGACAGCAGCGCGGCCAUCAUCGACGCUUCCAUGGACAUCCCAGGUCUGAAUCUGAGCCAGCAGGAGUACUACCCCUAUGUUUACUACAAAAUCGACUGCAACCUGCUGGAUUUCAAAGUUUGAAUACAUUGCCAUCAUGAGUAUAUCCACAGAUAUUCUGAUGAUCUCUAAUUUAUUUGUACCGUCAAUCUUUUCUCCUCUUUUCUCGUCCUUUUUGUGUUUCUGUCGUCUCAUACCACAUUUCUGACACAUUCCCGUGUGAAAAGUAUAGUUCUCCAGGAACCAGAACUCUGAUUGGUCUCCAAUUCUAUUCUUGAAAAUGGGGUUUCUCCUCUUCUGUUGAAACUUGUUUUUUGUACCAAGCUGUGAAAGUGUUUCCUGUCUGAACCCAACAGAACCUCUGGCAUCACAACACCGGUACAAUUCUGCAUUGCCAUCACUCCACUUUAGUCAGUCUCCUGUAAGAACUUCAAUGUGGGACUAAUUGGAAUUAAUGUAUGUAUGAAGUAGUACUGUAAUUAGGAUUGAAAGACUCCAAAAAAAGAUCUGUGAACGUGCUUUCCUUCUGUUCAGUAUUUACAGGUGAAUUUAUUUUGUUGAAAGCCUUUCAAAGUAUUAAUCCUGUGGAGACUAAAGUUGCUUCACAGCAGAAAAAAACCCCUAAUCUAUUUACUAGUUGUAUUUACCCUCUGAUUUUUGUUUAUUUAAUGUUUUAAAAAGAUAUAUAUAUAUGUCAUUGAUCUAUGUGCAAAUAAUGUGCUGUAAGUUAUAACCUAAAAUGAAUCCCUCUAUUUAAAUAAGUGUAAGAAUAAAAACUAUGAAAAUU